UCCCACAGUAGCACAAAGGACUAUGCUAACAGUUCACAAUGAAGGCUUCUCUUUUUUUAUUUCCAGAUUAUGCUCCUACUAUGGAAGAUAUGAUCAAGCAGAAUGAAACCAUAGGGAAUCAAGUGACCGAAUUCAUUCUCAUGGGCAUCACAAAUCGUCUGGAGCUACAAGGUCCCCUCUUUGGAGUGUUUUUCCUCAACUACCUGGUCACAGCUCUGGGGAACAUAGGCAUGAUUAUAUUAACCAGUGUUGAUUCCCGUCUCCAAACCCCCAUGUAUUUUUUUCUCAAGCAUCUGGCAUUUGUUGAUCUUGGUUAUUCUACAGUAAUUGGCCCCAAAAUGUUAGUUAGUUUUAUAGUGGAAAAAAAUAGAAUUUCCUACAAUGGAUGUGCAACACAACUAGUUUUCUUUGUGACAUUUAUCAUCAGUGAACUUUUCAUCCUGUCAGCUAUGGCCUUUGACCGCUAUGUGGCUAUCUGUAAGCCUCUCCUGUACACAGUCAUCAUGUCAGAUAGAGUGUGCUGCAUCUUAGUGGCUAUCCCCUAUGUAUAUAGCAUCAUGGUAUCCCUACUGGUUACAAUUAAGAUUUUUAAUUCAUUAUUCUGUGCAUCUAAUGUAAUACGACAUUUCUACUGUGACAGUCUUCCUUUACUGUCCAUUGUAUGCUCAGACACAAGUGAGAUUGAACUAAUUAUCAUGACUCUUUCUGCCUUUAAUUUGAUUUCCUCUCUCUUCAUUGUCCUUGUCUCUUACAUGUUCAUUCUCGUGGCCAUCCUCAAGAUGAAUUCUGCUGAAGGCAGGCACAAAGCAUUCUCCACCUGUGGCUCCCAUCUCACUGUGGUGGCUGUAUUCUAUGGAACCCUACUCUUCAUGUAUUUGCAACCACAAUCUAGCCACUCCUUUGAUACAGACAAGAUGGCCUCCGUGUUUUAUACCCUGGUCAUCCCCAUGCUCAACCCUUUAAUCUACAGCUUAAGGAACAAAGAGGUGAAAGGUGCCUGCAAAAGAUUCUUUAAAAAAAUGAUGUAACAGUGCCUU